UGCUCAAGGCCUUCCAGUAUCUCCUUCCUCGUCUGGUACUUCUUUCUCGAGAACAGGAGACCCAUCUCGCGUGUCUGCAGCAGUGGCUCUUGCCAAGUCAAGUACGCCUCCCUCAACCUCUUUGUGUCAGGUUCAAAGGUCAAAUCCCUCUUUUCCAUUCCCACUCCGCGCGAGUGCUCGCGAUGUGGGCGUGGUGAAGCAACUAUUAUGGAAGAGACGGAGCAAGACGCGGUGCAAGUGGCCGGGCCGCUCUCCGUGAAGGAAGAAGAAGAGAAGAACCCGCCAUUAGAAGAAGGGGAGGAGAGAGAAGAGGGCGAGGAAGUGAAGGAGGAUGAAGUGUGUGAGGAAGAGGAGGGGGGCGGGACAGAAGAUCGCGGACCCAGUGACGUCAUAACGGUGAGGGUCCUCGCCUACAGCAAGACAGAGGAAGAUAUCUUCUACAAUAUUGAGGUCAUCGUUAACGAUGGGAAGCCCCUCCUAUUGCAUCGCCGAUACGAGGAAAUCAGAUGGGUGUACCGUCUGUUAGCAAACAACGUUGAUAUUGGUGGAAACAUUCUGCCACCGUUGCCGUUUGCGCCCACACCAGUCCCCGCCCACCUGGAACAGCUGGGAGUUCCUCAGUCCUCAAUGUUUGGAGGUCACAGUCGUCUACCAUGUCUGGAUGUAGAGAGUUUCCUCCAGUCUCUGGCAGACCAUCCCUUCUUCUCCCUCAACCACGAGGUCCACACCUUUCUCACCUCACCCCAGCUUCCUCCCCGAGACCCUCUCCCCUCCCCCUCUCUCUGGGACUCUCUAUCCUCCGCAUACACCAACUACCAACUGAGCUCACUUCAGGACACGGACGAUGAUUUCGUGGAGUUGCUGCGUGGGCUCAACGAGAGGGCACCGGUUUUGGAGACUUGCUCCAGACACUUUGGCCAACUUGUGACUGCCUGGCAGAAGAUGGCGUGUGCGGAGGGGGAGGUGGGAGAGGUGGUGAAGGAGGAGGGAGAGUGGGAGGUGGGCAGGAACAACCUCUGUGCUCUCUCCCUCUCCUCCCUUGCCAACAUCCUCACUGAGCUACAGAAAUACAACCAUUCAACAUCUACUGACGCACUGAAUACCAUAGGCUUCACCUUUGACCUCUACCACCGAUACAACAAACAAGCAAAAGACAUGUUGUACAAGAGACUAGGAAAGGUACAGGCAUUAGUUGAAGCCUCCAAACAGCUGGAUAAAGCCAAGCCGGACCAGAAAGAAGAGAUGGAGCGAGUCAGAGCAGAGGCGAUGGUCAGCUACACUGGCAUCAACUCAACUGCCAAGACUGAGAUGGAGGAGAGGUUUGGUAGACUGGGAGUUGUGUCUCUGAGGAAGAGUCUUGUGGACUUCACUGAGAGCCAGCUAAUCCACAGCCGCUGCCUCCUGGCACAGCUCUCCUCCCUCCACAGCCAGCUCUGCAUCAUCACGUGGCCAACUGACCACACCCACUAAUUUAUGACCAGUGGUACGAUCUGUAAUGCCACUCUCACCACACAAAAACAAUGUUAACGUUUUUUUAAAACAUUGUGAUAAUAUUUUUAUGAUAAUUAUGACAAGUGAUAAAGUAAAACAUCCCAUUGUCCCAGCUGUCGGUUAUUACAUCAUGUGAUUGAAUUGCUUCUCCCAGCGGGUGAUCCCGUCGCCAUGGAGCUGUGAAUGGAAUGCAACUCUAAUAGCCUGAGUCUUGCGAGACACAAUACAAGAAACCUGAGGAAAGGAUGUACAGCAUUGUACUGGUGGACUAAGUUUCAUGUCAUUAUUGAUGACGUAAUCCCUAACUUGGCCUCCACAAAGUCUUUUCUAAUGAGAGUGUCCACGUCUU